AUGGGUUUCGGUCAGCUCGUCACCGGUCCUCCCGGGAGUGGUAAAACGACGUACUGCGUCGGGAUGAAGCGUUUUUUAGAGAUGCACGGUCGUCGAGUGGCCAUUGUGAAUUUAGACCCGGCGAACGACGUGGCGCCGUACGACGCGGAGGUGACGAUCGAGGACUUGAUCACGGUCGAUCAAGUCCAGGAGGAACUCGGUCUCGGACCGAACGGAGCGAUGAUUUACUGCAUGGAGUACCUGGAGAAGAACGCGGAUUGGCUCGAGGAGGCGCUGAAACCGCUCAAGGAGACGCACUACUUGAUAUUCGAUUGUCCGGGACAACUCGAGCUGUUCAACGUGCACGGAUCGCUGAGAAACGUGAUACGCACGAUGAUGAACGAGUGGCACUAUCGCCUGUGCACGGUGCACCUGACGGACUCGCACCUGUGCUGCGACCCUGGGAAGUACGUGGCGGCUCUGCUGACGACGCUGCAGGCGAUGUUACACUUGGAGACCCCACACGUGAGUGUUCUGAGCAAGAUAGACAUCAUGGACAAAUACGGAGAGUUAGCUUUCAACCUAGAUUACUACGCGGACGUCAUGGACCUGGAGUACCUGGUGGAACACAUCGGGAACGAUCCGCGUAUGGCCAAGUAUAAAAAGCUCACCGCCGACUUGUGCGAGGUCAUCGAGGACUUUGGGCUCGUGCGCUUCACCCCGAUGGCGAUCGAGGACGAGGAUACCGUUCGGCAGGUGGCGACGUUAGUAGAUAAGUCGAUAGGAUACUCUUUGAACGCGCACAAAGGGGCAAAGCUUCACGAAGACGAACUGCGCGCACGCGCGGAGGCGCGCGAGGGCGCGGAUGAGGACGACGGAUUCGAUUUACGAGACGCCGUGGCGCCCGCGCCGUCGAUCGCGGAGAUGUCUCGUAAUCUCGAGAUUCACGAGAGGUAUGUCGCUCGCGGCGAGGAAACUAGCAAAGAUUAG